GUAUAAGUCAUUCGCCCGUUGUGGGUGCCUUUCAGGACGCUCACGAAUUGGUCAGAGCCCUUUUAAUCAGCAACCCUGAUGAGUUGAAGACUAAUACGUAAAGUGGAGCAUGGCUUAUACUUCCGGGGGGUGGGGGUGGGGACCACAGCAUAACUGCAUCAUCUCAUGUUCUCGCCGUCCAUUAUCCCCCAACCUUUCAUCACCCACAAUGCCACAGAAGGGAGGCACAUAUUGCCCAUCAUCAGAAACAAACAAAGCUUCACAGCCUAGAUCCAAACCAUAUACUCGUAUCUACGAUAACCAUGAGAAAGGUGAUAGUUUCUUCUCAGCCUAUUAUUUGGCAUGCCGUCAGCUCAACUAAGAGCAUGCGAACUGGCGUUAACGCUUCGCCGUCAGAAAUCUCCACAGAGCCCGACCAGCAUGACAGCAAGACUGAUCUUGAAGAGUGGACAGUUAUAAAUAGCCCUGAAGACGAACCGGCCACCGGUGAGAGCAUCAUGUCAAGUCACUUCGAUCUUCAGCUCGGCUGGGGAAAAUGGAAAUUCAACGUGUUCAGCUGGGACCUGAACAUCAAGAAGUGCUGAAUCAUAGGAUUGCUAGCUUUCAACGCGCAGAUUUGCAAACAGUACGCUAGAAUUGUGGUAAAGAGUAAAUUAUGGUAAAUCCAGGUCUCUCUGAUAGCCAGAAAAAUAUAUACCUUACA